AUGACGCCUUAUCUGAUCUUUACGCUGCUGUGGUCAUGUCUCUGGACGCCCGCGGCAGCAACGCCCCAAGGAGACACACUGUCCACGUUCCUCUCCCUGCCGACAUGUGCCCAGCCCUGCACCAUCAACGCACUGACAGCCGGCGGCUGCGAUCUCUUUAACGCUACGGCGGUAGCUGAGUGCUCCUGCACCAACGUGCCGCUCAAGGCGGGCAUGUCCGUGUGUGUGCAGACCAACUGUUCAUGGGUAGACCAGAAGAAAUCCGCAGCCAUAUCAUAUAACCAGUGCAAAGGCUUUCCACAAGAGUCGCGCCAGAGAGACAUCUACAUCAUGGGCAUCGCCUGCUUGACGAUACCGGUUAUCUUUAUUGCCCUGAGGUAUUAUGCGCGGUUUCUCAUCGCCAAGGGUCUAUGGUGGGAUGACUGGAUGAUGAUGGUCGCGAUGGUGUCACACAUGGGAGGGUGUGCCUGUUUUUUCGCUGCUGACAAGGAUCACUCGAACCCCCCCGCCGCCGCAGCAACCAACCUGGGCUUCGGUUUGCACAUCUGGAACGUCUAUCCGGGUCACACCGAGGACAUGUUGAAGCUUUUCCACGUCGUCGAGAUCUUUUACAUCAUGAUCCAGGUCUCGGCCAAGCUGUCCCUCGUCCUGCUGUACUGGCGCAUCUUCCCGACGCGCUGGUUCCGCAUAGCCCUGCGCUGCUCCAUCGUCUGGCUCGUCGUCCACGGCGUCGCCUUCAUCUUGUUCGUCCUCUUCCAGUGCAUCCCCGUCGCCGCCGUGUGGGACCGGUCGAUAGAGGACGCCAGGUGUCUCAGCCUCAACGCCAUCGCCUGGGCCGGCGGCGCCUGUGCCAUCUUUGAGGACGUUGUCAUUCUGCUGUUGCCCAUUCCCGAGGUCAUAAAGCUGCAGUUGACCCUGCAGAAGAAGAUUGCGGUGUAUGCCAUGUUUGCUGUGGGGUCCUUCGCCUGCCUCACCAGCAUCAUCCGCCUCAAGUACGUCCACCUCUUCGGAAACACGCGCGACGAGUCGUGGGAGAACGUCGACGUCCUCAUCUGGUCCAUCAUGGAGGUCUCGGCCGCCGUCGUGUGCGCCUGCCUGCCCGCCCUGCGCCCGCUGUUUCUCAGAGUCCCCGGCUUCUUCACCUCCAACGCCAGCAAGCCCGGAUCUGGCGCCGCGACGCCGGCCCAGAACAACACCCCCGUCCGCGUCGACGACAAGGGGACGGGGAGCAGCGGCGCCAGCAGCACCACCGACUGCUACUCGUCCCGCCGUCCCUCCACCUCGGCGUUCCGCGGCGCGAGGAGCCACCCGGGCUUCGAGGAGCUGUCGAUGGACAGGGACGAGGUGCCUUUUGCCACCAGAGGCGUGGUCCAGCGCGCUCCGGAGGAGACGGAGCUGUCGGAAUUGGAAAAGGAGGUGGGGAUUGCGCGGUAA